GCCAGUACCUGAUGCAGCCUUUGUCGCAUUGUGCUCGCUUCUAGAGGCCAGAGGCAAGGGGACGACCCUGACAUAUGAAGAGGCAGCGGACGUCAUGCUCCAAGCACACAAUACACAUCGAAAAGUGACCAAAGGUAGACCUCGGCUGACGUUUCUCUGCUUAGUGAUAGGAGAAGGAUACUACAACAAGGCCCAGACUAUCUGUGACCAAGAGGCUAGACGGUCCAACGAUGUGCCCCUCCACUUGUGGAAGGCCUAUGCUUUGCAUUGCGAGGGCAGCACUCGAGAAGCUAUUUUGGAAGCAGAGUCCUGUGUUGGAAAGCGCGAUAUGGGCCUUCCGUUCGCUAGCGCUCUUGCAUUCUUCCAUGAGCAGUUGGCAACUGUGGAUCAAGAUGCAGUGCGCGAAAUGAACCUGCGCCGAUCGCAGGAGUUGCACCAUGCGCCGGAAAACUCCAGAGUCUUAACGGCCCGCUUCUACACCAUGGUUGGAGAAGUGGAGAAGGCUCAGGAGGUCCUAAACACCUUAGAUGGUGUUGAAAGCCCGGCUGCAAACUCCGCACGUGGCUGGAAUGGCUUUGUAGCAGGCAAGAAGGCCAAUGCCGCAAGUGGCAAAACCUCCAUUGCCUUUCUGGAUCAGUGCGCGCAGUACUUCGACAACGCCAGUGGUAGCGGUGCAGAGCUUGAGAACUUGGAUGCUUUGAUGGGAAAGGCAAAGGUCUUAGAAGGGAAGCGUCAAUGGGUACAAGCUCUCGAUGCCUUGAACAAAGUCAUUGUGAUCCACGACUGGUUCCUUCCAGCUCUUGUCGAGAAGGCCAAAGCAUUGAUGAUGACAGCAGACUGGGAUCAGGCUUUAGAAGCUGCUGGCCGACUUCAACAACAAGAAGCCAACAACAUCGAAGCUCUGCGUCUGAAUGUCUUGUUUCUGCUCUCCAGGGAAUCUCGAUGUGAAGAAGCUGCAGAAAGACUUCAGGAGUUGGUAACAGCUUUACAACAACUGGAGCCUAGGAAUCAUGAUCUCACCUUGUCGUGUGCACAACUCUUCUCACGUUUGGCGGGUCGCCACAAAGCAAUCCUCAACAUCACUUUCAACAUGAUGAAGAGGGUUACAGAUGCCGUACCUGAAAGGGCCAAAUAUUUGACCGAGUUGGGCUACCAGUAUAUGAUGCAAGGUGAACUACCAAAGGCUGAGCAAACCUUCCAUGCAGCAGUUGCCAAAGAUGAGACUGAUGUGCGGGCCCUGUUCGGUAUCAUCAACUGCCGGGUUCAGGAAGGCAGUCUGGACGAUGCAGAGGAACAGCUGGAAUUCUUGAGCGAGAUUCAAAUCUCGGUGGGGAAGUCCCCAGAUCUGGCUUUCUUGCAAUCUUUGAUUGCUUGGCGCAAGCGCAGGGAUGCAGAGGGAGCACUGAACCUUCUGAACGAAACCCUCACCUUACACAUCACCAAUUUCAAGUCGGCAGUAGGCUAUGAUUUUUUCAUCAAGCUGAAUGCGGAUUUCAUGUUGGAAAUUGCCCGGGAGUAUUUGCAGCACACCAUUUCGGGUGGCACGGAUGACGCGGCCAAGCCUGGGGGAUACCUCCUACGAGGUGUGCAGGUGCUGGAGACCUUGACGCGCUUUGUGCCAGGGUUGGUGCCUGCACAGGUGCUGCUGGCGAAAGCGAAGGUGGCUCUCAAUGAGGUUGAUGCAGCCACCCGCAUCUUGCAUCAAUGCCUGCGUUUGGAUCCAAGUUCUGCUGAUACCCACCUUCUGCUGGCCCGGAUCUAUCAUCAGAAAGAUCAGCAAAAUGCGGCAUUGCAAUAUUUGGAGCAGGGACUGAGCCAUGAUUUCAGCGUGAGAAGCCAUCCCCUAUAUUACUUGGUGAAGGCCGAGGUGUUGUCAUCUGCCGGAGAGGUGGAGCAAGCGUCCAAACUCCUGGAGUCUGCCAUGGCACUGCCUGGUGUCAAAAGCGAUGCCAAGGGCAAAGCGGUUCAGCUGAGCCAGGGAGAUCGUUGUGCUUUGUUCACUCUGCACAUCAGCCUGCUCACCAAAUUGAAACAACUGGAUCAAGCUAGCGAAAUCGUGAAGACAGCCAUUGCGGAAUUUGCUGGAACGCCAGAGGAAGUAAAGAUCCUUGUGGCCAACAGCCAGUUGGCGAUUGAGAAGGGCGAAAUUGAUCAAGCACUCAACAUGCUGCGAACCAUGAAGCCAGACCAUCCGCAGUUUGCCAUGGCCAAAGCAGCGAUGGCUGACAUCUACUUGAAGCACAGGAAGGACAAGAAAGCCUAUGCCAGAUGUUACAAGGCCAUUGUUGAUCAUGCUCCGACCGUGCAGAACUACUUAAUUCUUGGUGAUGCUCUCCUCUCCAUUCAGGAACCUGCUGAUGCGAUCCUUGCAUUUCAACAGGCAAUGGAGAUUGACAGCCACAAGGAUCCAAGUUUGGUGCGCAAAAUUGGUAGUGCUAUGAUGCAGACCCAUGACUAUGAGAGGGCCAUUCAAUACUACCAUGAUGCUUUGAAAAAGCCAUCUGCACAGCAACAGGAGCUGCGACAGGAUUUGGCGAGGUUGUACCGGCGAUUGCAGCGCUGGGAUGAUGCAAUCCGAGAGCUGGAGGAAGCUUUGCAAGUUGUCAUGGAGGAAGGCUUCAAGAAAACCAGAUACCGAGUGGAUACCCUGGUUCAAUUGGCCAAGGUCCACAGUGACUUUGCAGAUAGCCGCGCAAAUCUUUCUGGUGGCAUGACAGGUGCUGUUCCACAAUGCUCAGAAUGCCUGCGUCAAGCCAGAGAUUUAUUGAAUGAGCUCCUCAUGCAAGUGCGUGUGGAUGAUGAGCAGACCUUGAAGACGUUACGGCAAGAGAGUGCAGAUUUGAACUUCAUGCUUGGGGAGUACUACGAGACAAGAGAAAGAAAUUUGGAGUAUGCAGUUGGCUACUAUGGAGAAACCUUGCGGCAUGAUGAUGCACAUGAAAAAAGCAUCCUAGCUCUGGCUCGAAUCCAUCUUCACAAGAACGAGCUUGAAGUUUGUGAGAAACAGCUGAUGACACUCCUGCGUGUCGAUCCUUCCAAUGAGGAAGCAUCAAUGCUCAUGGCUGAAUUAAACAUGAUGCUUGCAGCACAGGGUGGUCGCAGUGAUGGUGGUGCACAAGAAUACAAAGAUGCAACCUUCUAUUACCAGGCUCUGCUUGAAAAGAAGCCUGGCAACUACACAGCUCUCUCGAAGUUGAUUUUCUUACUUCGUCGUGCUGGGCGGCUUCGUGAUGCCCCAAAGUACAUCCAAGCGGCCGAGAAGGCUUGCACCAGAUCACCGGACCGUGAGGCAGGUCUUCGUUUUUGUCGAGGCACCUACUAUCGAUGGAUCAGCAAGCAACAGGAUGCCCUGGUGGAGCUGAACUUUGCACGGCGAGAUCCAGAUUUUCGGGUGGAAGCAUUGACUCACAUGAUCGAGAUCUAUUUGAAUCCAGACCCCAAUGCGGGUUUGGAAGCCCUCGAUCCCGCGACAGAACCGCUCAAUGACAACCUCAGGGAAGUUGACAACUUGCUGAAGGAGCUCAGUCAAGUGAAUAAGCAGUCAUGGAAUCCGAGACUGAAGGUCUACCAGUGCCAAAGCCUCAUGUUCACCAAGCAAAAGACAAAUGUGGAACAUGCCUUGAACCAACUGAUGGACAUCUACAACGACAAAAAGGAUUACAUUCCGGCACUACUGGCAAUGUCUCAAGGCCUCAUCAUUCAGAAGCAGCAGACAAAGGCAAGAAACCAACUCAAAAGAAUUGCUGACUUGGCCAAGAAAGGUUACAACCCAGAAUUUAUGGAUGACUUUGAGAGAGCUUGGCUUUUGCUGGCUGAAAUUUAUAUCCAGUCCUCCAAGUAUGACCUUGCAUCGUCUUUGUGCCAUUUGGCCAAGGAUCACAACCGAUCUUGCGGCAAGGCCUGGGAGCAGCUAGGCUUGAUCUAUGAGAAGGAGCAGGCAUACAAGGACGCUGCUUCUCACUACGAAAAGGCCUGGGAGUUCUGCAACGAGGCUUCACCUGCCGUGGGCUACCGUCUGGCCUUCAAUUACUUGAAAGCCAAACGAUACGUCCCUGCCAUCAACAUCUGCCAGAGCGUCCUGAAGAUCUCAGAAAACUAUCCAAAGAUCAAAAAGGAUGUUCUUGAAAAGGCCCGCAGUCUACUCAGAUCAUGA